UAAGAGUUAGUGGCUUUAGUGCCCCACCCCCCCACAGACAUUAUUGUCUUUGCCCUGCCUUGUUUGUAAAGCAUGAAAUCAAAGGAUUCCAAAGGAAACCCAUCACUUGAUCUGUCGAAUUUCAGCUUUUAAUCUCUCUUUUAAGCUCUACCAUUGUCUCAUUUUCAGGACUCUGAGGGAGACAAAAGGCUUUUUCUUGCUCCUUCUUCUGUGUUCUCAGAGAUGGAUAAAAAUAACAAAGACGUCAUACGCUUGGAGCGUGAAUCGGUUAUUCCAGUUUUGAAACCGAAGCUUAUCAUGACCUUGGCUAAUCUUAUAGAACAUAAUUCAGAUCGUGCUGAAUUCCUAAAGCUCUGCAAGAGAGUUGAAUACACAAUCCGAGCUUGGUAUCUCCUACAAUUUGAGGAUCUGAUGCAAUUGUACUCCCUCUUUGACCCUGUUCACGGGGCUCAGAAAUUGGAGCAACAGCAUUUAUCUUCAGAAGAAAUUGAUGUUCUUGAGCAGAAUUUCCUGGCCUAUUUAUUCCAGGUAAUGGAUAAGAGCAAUUUCAAAAUAACAACUGAUGAGGAGAUUGAUGUUGCUCUCUUUGGGCAAUAUCUCUUAAACCUUCCUAUCACCGUGGAUGAAUCAAAGCUUGAUAAGAAUCUCUUGAAACGGUAUUUCUCUGAGCAUCGUCAUGAAAACCUUCCAGAUUUUGCAGACAAGUAUGUAAUCUUUCGUCGAGGCAUUGGAAUUGAUCGCACAACUGAUUACUUUUUCAUGGAGAAAGUGGACAUGAUCAUUGCUCGUUUAUGGGCAUGUAUUCUCAAAGUAACAGGGUUACAACGUAUUCUCUCCAGAAAGCCAAGUGCACGCCAUGCAAAAGAUCCAAAGAAAACUGAUGAAAUAAGCACUGAAGUGGAGCAAGAACUAUGUGUUCAACGAAUUCGAAUUGAAAAUAUGGAGCUUAGCAUGCGCAAUCUGCUUAGCAAGAUCACAAUCCAGGAACCAACCUUUGACAGGAUUAUUGUUCUUUAUAGGCGAGCAAGUACCAAGACCAAGAAAGAACGGGGAAUAUAUGUAAAACAUUUUAAAAAUAUUCCCAUGGCUGAUAUGGAAAUAGUUCUGCCAGAGAAGAAAAAUCCUAGCUUAACACCAAUGGACUGGGUCAAGUUUCUUGUUUCAGCUGUUCUUGGACUGGUUGCACUUGUUGGUUCACUUGAAAUGCCUAAAGCUGAUAUUUGGGUCAUUAUUGCCAUUCUCUCUGCACUGAUUGGUUACUGUGCCAAGAUCUAUUUCACGUUUCAGCAAAACAUGACCACAUAUCAGAACUUAAUCACACAAUCCAUGUAUGACAAACAGUUGGAUAGUGGCAAGGGCACUCUUCUUCACCUGUGUGAUGAUGUGAUUCAACAAGAAGUCAAAGAGGUGAUCAUUGCAUUCUUUAUUUUGAUGGAACAGGGUAAAGCUACAAGAGAAGAUCUUGACCUUCGCUGUGAAGAACUAAUCCAUGAAGAGUUUGGUGAGAAAUGUAACUUUGAUGUGGAUGAUGCAGUCCAAAAAUUAGAGAAGCUAGGUAUUGUUGGUCGGGAUAGCAUUGGAAGAUAUUAUUGUGUAGGUUUAAAGCGUGCUAACGAGAUCAUUGGCACCACCACAGAGGAGAUUGUACUGAAAGCAAAGCAGGGUGGCAUUGCUUCUUAAUUUCUCUUCAAAAAGGCAAUAACCAUGCUUUGUGGUUCUUCAAGAUUUGGCGUCUCAAGGAUGGUUUUCUUCAACUACUUCCAUAUGCGUUCCUUCUACUCAGAUCGCUUGGGCAGCCUAUAUAAUCCUUGUGAAUUCGUAUCCCAUUCAUUUGUAUGCAUGUCUAUAACCUUGAGACUUUCUUAGUAGACAGUGUGUGUGGGUUAGUAGGUAUCCUGUUUUAUCAAGAAAGAAUGUUACAUGGGGCAGAUUAUUGAUUAUUCUAGCUUCAUUUCCAUUUGUUGAUUGAAGGGGUUGUACAAUCCGGUUGCUAAGAAUAAAAAGAAAAGAAAAGAUUGUAUGGUCUGGUUUACAGAAGCUAUUAUUUUA